CAUUUAAUGCUUAAAUCCCCGCUUCCCUUCCUGUUUGUGCUCCCAGAUGAAGCUCCUGGCGCUCUCCCUCUUCGCCUUGUGCUCCGUGGCCCGCUGUGAGGACGGCGCCCGGCUCUUGGCCUCCAAGGCCCUCCUGAACCGCUACGCGGUGGAGGGCAAGGACCUGACCCUGCAGUACAACAUCUACAACGUGGGCUCCAGUGCAGCGUUAGAUGUGGAGCUCUCGGAUGAUUCCUUCCCUCCGGAAGAUUUUGGCAUCGUCUCUGGAAUGCUCAACGUCAAGUGGGACAGGAUCGCUCCAGCCAGCAACGUGUCCCACACCGUGGUGCUGCGGCCUCUCAAAGCCGGCUACUUCAACUUCACCUCGGCCACCAUCACCUACCUGGCACAGGAGGGGGGCCAGGUUGUGGUUGGUUUCACCAGUGCUCCGGGGCAGGGAGGGAUCCUGGCGCAACGGGAGUUCGACAGGAGGUUCUCCCCACACUUUCUGGAUUGGGCAGCUUUUGGUGUGAUGACCCUGCCCUCCAUUGGCAUCCCACUGCUGCUGUGGUAUUCCAGCAAGAGGAAGUACGACACCCCCAAAACCAAGAAGAACUGAGCCAAGCCGAUGCCACCAGCACCCAUUGGGAUCCGGGCUGGAGCAGCUCCACCUUCCACAGGGUGAGGUGGUGUCUUCCCCAUCCCAAGCCCAAAUCCGAUGUGGAAUCUCGAGGUCCCACCUUCAACAGUGAAACCUCGGUGGGAAGCAGAGCUGGAGCUGUUGAUGCUCCUCAAGGUGGGAUGCAAAGAGGUCUCCGUGUAUCCCGGUUGUGCUUCCGUGAGCGAUGGAUUGGGGGGCUCGGCUCUUCCUGGUGGCUUGGAUGGGUUGGGGUGGGGUUUGGUACCAAGGAUUUUGUAAUAAAAUGAAUAUGAAUGGAA